CGCAUCAACUUCACCACAAACCAGACACCAUUUACUCUCCGGCGACAUUCCGCCUUCACCUCAAUCAUGGUUUCUGCUAGCCAGGCUCUAUACCUUGCGCUCCAUCCUUUCCAGCUGCGCUCAAUUAUCCAAUGGAAGGUAUGGCAUGAUCCAGUCCAUACUCGGGACAAAAAAACAGAAUGCGAAACUCUCCAAAAAUGCUUCGUGCAUCUGGAAAAUACAAGCCGCAGUUUCAGCAUGGUCAUUCAAGAGCUGAACCCAGAGUUGCUCGUCCCGGUUGCCCUCUUCUACCUGAUCCUUCGCGGUCUUGACACAGUCGAAGACGACAUGACCAUUCCGUUGGAGGAGAAAGAGCCGAUACUGAGAGAUUUCCAUAACAUCAUGGAGAAGGAUGGCUGGAAUUUCAAUGGUAACGGCCCAGAUGAGAAGGAUCGUGGCCUACUGGUGGACUUCGACGUCGUUAUCAUGGAAUACAAGAAGGUGAAGCCGGUAUACCAAGCGAUCAUCAAGGACAUCACGGAUAAAAUGGGCAAUGGCAUGGCGGAAUACGCCAACAAUGCCGAACACAACGUGAACGGCGUUAACACGAUCAAAGACUAUGAGCUGUACUGCCAUUAUGUUGCUGGGCUUGUAGGAGACGGCUUGACCAGACUUUUUGUCGAGAGUGGAUUGGCCAAUCCGGCACUUCUCCAACGCCCACACCUGUCCGAAUCCAUGGGACAGUUCCUGCAGAAGACAAACAUCAUUCGUGAUAUCCGCGAAGACUUGGACGACAAACGGAGGUUCUGGCCAAAGGAGAUCUGGUCGAAGCAUGUUGAGAAAUUCGAGGACCUGUUCAAGCCUGAAAACCAGACAGCAGCUCUUGCAUGCAGCUCGGAAAUGGUGUUGAACUCUCUUCGCCACGCGGACGAAUGCCUCUUCUACUUGGCUGGAAUUAAAGACCAGAGUGUUUUCAAUUUCACGGCUAUUCCCCAGGCCAUGGCCAUUGCGACCCUUGAGCUCGUUUUCCAAAACCCAAAAAUUUUCCACCAAAACAUCAAGAUCACCAAGAGCGACGCGUGCGAGUUGAUGAUCCAGUCUACCCAAAACCUGCGGAUUGUCUGCGGAGUUUUCAGAACAUACACACGAAAGAUUGCCAAGAAGAAUUCACCGACAGAUCCGAAUUUCUUGGAAAUUAGCAUUGCUUGUGGCAAGAUCGAGCAAUUUAUCGAGUCCAUAUUUCCAUCACAAGACCCCAAGGUCGCCACGCUCGCAGCCACUGACCCAACCGCGGAAGAGGCGGCAAAGAAGUCAGAAGCUACGACAGACACCGUCUACCUUAUGGCGGCCGUCCUUGGGACACUUUUCGUUAUUUCUUUCCUGAUGAUAGGCGCUGCACAUCUUGCAGGAGCAAGAUUUGAUGUUGCUUAUCAGGAAAUCUUCGGAGGUAAGUUAUUUGCUAGCAGCGAGUCAUCGCUUCCCCAGGGCGAGCAUGUGGAGCUAUAGCUACAUUUAUAAUACAACAUCUUUCCGGGUUAGCGGUACUCAAUUCGCCAUUCACAGACCUGGCAAUGACUUAGAUCAUUGUGGGCAUGUGCAUUUGAUACGAAUCAUCUGUAGGCUUGGGCGGAAGUUGAUCGAUUACUGUAGAUCUACUCUGUUACUGGAUUGCCCUAGUAGCAUCAUGCAGGCGUCACUCCAUGUCGAUGAAUUAACUACGUUACACCCAACUUUAGGACGAUUUAUAUACUCUAUUGCGGGGUAAUGAGGCGAGGGGUAUUGGGGGCAAGCCGUACGUUGACAUAUGGACUAGAAUACUAAUUACUACUCUCAUACACAUAUAUAUCUAUGAGAGUGGUAAUGAGUAUCUCAAUCUGUGAAUCCAAGUUUGGCACCGUACCGCUCUCUGACAUAAGAUGAAGCUUUUGUAUACUGUCCCCGCUGGUGCUUGCCUUGUGACAUGUGCUGUAGCCAGCAAUGCUCCUAAAGCCUACGAGCCAAAAUAUCGCAUUUCCCCUAUCGAUGGCUCCAAGAUUGCCGACAGCAGAGC